AUGGGUACUGGAGGUAGUAAAAGCAGUGAACCUGUGGUUGAGACCAGAGAAGAUAUAAUUCACAGAAUUGAGAAAGAGGUGAACGCAUUUGAGCUCGAUAAUACCAAGCUCAAAUAUGGAUAUCUAAUCGAUCGUGGUGAGCACGUCAACGUUUUCGAUGGAACAUAUAUGGACAAACCUGUUGCCAUAAAAGUAAUGAAGGAUUUCCCAAAUGCGAAAGAGAGAUUUGAGAGGGAGAUCCAGCUGAUUUCUGCGGUCGACUGUGAAGACAUUGUGAAGUUUAUUGGGUUCACCAGGGAACCAUCCAUGGCAAUAGUUUCAGAAAUGAUGAAAGGAGGUUCACUUCAAAUGCACUUAUGGAACAUCAGACCAUACACCCCAGAUCUCAGAGACACUUUCGUUAUUUUAAUAAGAAUCGCUCGCGCAAUGGCAUAUUUGCAUGAUAAUGGCAUCAUUCAUCGCGACUUGAAGCCCAGUUCUAUUCUCCUAUCAGAAAGCAAGAAGAGCGCGAAGCUUGGGGACAUUGGGUUGUGGCGGGAGGGUCUGGAAGGUGAUUUUUCUGCUGAUGUUGGAAGCAUUCAAGGGAUGGCUCCUGAGGUAGGUAGCUAG